GACAAAAUGGUUCCGAAAUUCGAUGGAAAUAACGAUGGUGAUAUUGUGAAAUGGUUUAGAAAACUUGAGGAAUAUACCUAUAAUUAUAAUGAUGAAGAAAGACUAUUAUGUCUUAAGUGGUUAUUGCAAGGAACAGCUAGAGAAUUUAUGGAGAACUCAAAUAACUGGACAUAUGGUGAUUUAAAAGUGUCUCUGUUCAAAAUAUUUAGAAGGGAUAUUACUCGUGAGGAUGUAUAUCGCAAAUUACGUACACGCACUUUGAAACCUUCUGAAUCCUGCAUUAGUUACAUCAUUUCCAUGCAAACCAUCGCAUCACAAGCUGAAAUUGAAGGCCAGGAACUUGUUGACAUUAUUAUUGAUGGUAUGCAAGACAAUUCUAACAACAUUUCCUUAUUGUAUGGUUCAACUUCUGUGGAAGAAUUGAUUGCUUGCAUUGAUAGAUAUGAAAAACGUCGUGAGAAAACACAAGUAAAAAAGCCAAGUAACAAUGACAAUAAACAAGAUUCCAAACGCUGUUUUAAUUGUUCUCAAUUUGGUCACAUGAAAAGUUCAUGUCCGAAACCUAUACGUCCUCCUGGGUCAUGUUUUAUUUGCAAACAAAUGGGACAUAUUUAUAAAAAUUGUCCUAACCGUCAACCUGUUUCAGCAUCUAUUUUUCCAGAAACGAUCGUCAAUACUAAUGAUGUAGUUGAUCCAAUGUUAACGGUGAGUGUGGCAUUUUUCAUACCUCUAAGAAACAAAUAUGCUAAUUAUUUUAAUGUUUCAUGUCUAAUUGAUUCGGGUAGCCCAAUUAGUCUAAUUUCAAAUGCUGUUGUGCCAAAAUCCAUUCAACUUUCUGAAGAUCUUCUUCCAACUCGUUAUGUUGGAAUUGGAAACUGCAAUGUGAAAAUACACGGCAAACUUUUAUGUUCAAUUAAAUUUCAAAAUACAGUUAAAUUUAUUGAAUUACUUGUAAUACCAGAUAAUGAUAUAAAAAUUCCUAUGAUUUUAGAUGAAAAUAAUGUACGCAUAUUUGAUUCUACAGAGGAAAUAAAUAAUAUAGAAGAAAUUUCUUUGGUGUCUAAAAUUAAUGAUAAAGUUAACUCAGAUUUUCAUGUGGAUUUUGUUUUGAAGAACAAUAUACAGCACAUUAAAGUAGCAGUAGCAUCUCCUCAAGCUAAUGGUCAAGUUGAACGAGUAAAUCGAGUGAUAAAAGGGAUUUUAAGUAAGAUAAGUAAUCCAAUUGACCAUGCUGAUUGGUCCUUAAAAUUAUCUCAAGUUGAGUAUGCCAUAAAUAACACCGUACAUAGCUCUACAAAAGACACACCAAGUAAAUUAUUAUUUGGUGUGAAACAACGCGGUACAAUAAUUGAUACUUUAACAGAAUAUUUGGAUGAUAAGGUAGAAACCCAGGAUGGUCGAGACUUAGUAUCACAACGAUUAAGAGCAUUAGAUGAAAUUGAACGAUCUCAGAAACACAACGAGAACUAUUUUUACAAACGUCAUGUACCUGCUAAACAAUAUUCAGUAGGAGAUUAUGUUGUAGUCAUGAAUACUGAUAAUACUGUUGGUAAAAAUAAAAAAUUUAUCGAGAAAUAUCGCGGGCCUUUAAUUGUAGAAAAGGUAUUAUCUAAUGAUCGUUAUAUUAUAAAGGAUGUUGAUAAUUGUCAGCUUACUCAAAUUCCUUACAAAGGAAUUGUAGAAGCUAAACGACUUAGAAAAUGGGUAACACCAAAUUAA